AUGAAUCAAGCAUUAACCACAUUUACCAAUAUUAGUACUCCUCCAAUGCAAAAUCAUGGAUUUGGUUUUGCUACACCAAUAAAUUCGACAAAUAUAAAUAACAUAAAUAAUAAUCCUAAUAAUCCCAGACCUCCAGCCUCAAUACCAAUACCAAUGCAACAACAACAACAUAAUCAUACUAUACAACAACAACCUUUUUCUGGAAGGGGAAUUAUUAGAGUUUUAUUAUUUUUUGAAUAUUUAGCAGCAGAGAUGUCUCCAAAUAAAAAAGAUAUAUCAUAUUGGAAAAGAAUUAUAUCAGAGUUCUUUACAGAAGGAGGGCGAUUUUUUUAUUCAUUACAAAGUUCGACGGACCUACCAACACCAAUGAUUGCUAGAUUUUUCCAAGUAAAUUUUGAUUCAGGCGUAAAUUCAAUACAAAUAACAAUGAAUAAUGUCAAAGAAAGUCUUGGUAAUCAACACAUCAUAAAUAAUAAUCUGGAGAAUAAAUUAAUUACCACAAUAGAAGCAAAAUCUCAGAUGAUCUAUAAUUAUGUCAAUGGUUCAAGGGUUGUGUUUAAUGGUAGACUAAAGAUUCGUCUUAAUUUAAGUACAAUGAUAGAAAGUUUUGAAUUUUUUACAGAUAAUUAUAUAGAAUAUGUGCCAAGAAAUAUAGAGAUAUCAUGUCCUAUUAAUGAAUUUGGAAUAACAAUGAAAACUUUAAGAUGUUUAGAGGUUGCUGAAAUUGUGCUUACAUUAAAUGAUAUAAUGUCGAUGACUAUUGAGCAGAAGAAAGGACCUCAAUGUCCUUUUCUUCCAAAUAGAUGUAUUAUAUCCACAGCUUCAUGA